UUCGGCCAUGUUCUGCUUUUAAAUAAGGAAGAAGCGGGAGGCGUUAAUACAACUUUGUGUACUUAGUAUCUCAUUCACAGUGUGGCUUACGAGUCCUGAUAAUUACGAGUCAGUCUGUAAAAAAUAACUACAACAGUUACGAUAGUACGCGAGCAGCUGGUUUGAGCCCCGUUAACCACAGAUACAAUUAUUGCUAGGCUUUAAUCUGCGCUCGUUAGCAGCAGGUUAGCUGUUUGAGCUAAAGAUCAGCGGUGUGGGUUUAUCUGGACUGGUUCAGUCGUGUGUAGUUCUGUUGGCGAAGGAUCCGGCUACUUUGAUCUAAGAAAUCUUGUUAGCAGUGGCACGCGAAUGAAGGGCAGGGGGUGCGCUCGUUUGGGACUGCGCUUACAGCCCCGAGGACAAAUCCUGUUUUAGUCGAGACUUCUAGUCUUUCACAAUGUUUAAUAAGUUCUACGAAUGGAUCGGAAGCGGAAUCGCCAGUCUGAGAAACGGAGACCCAGCUGGUGCUGUUCAUGCCGGUUCAGUGAUCGUGGAUCAAGAUGGGACAGUACGGAGAAAAAGACCGUUAGACUGUUUGGAAGAUGGGGAUGCAGUUGAUCAGGAGGAGGAGAGGGUGGCCAAGAAAUUCAGAAUGGGAGAUUUCAUUGACACAGUGAAAAAUGCUGCCGAGGGAGUGAAGACCCAUGGUUCGAGUGUUGCUGUUUGGGUGCAAAACAAUGUCCAACCUACCCUGAGGAACAUGCUACCGUCUAUGCCGGGUUCACCUCAAACAGGAAUUCCAUCAGAACCUGCUACCAAUGCAGCUGCACCAGCAGGUUCAUGGGUGGAAAACAAGUUUGAGGAGAGGACACAUGAUAGACUAGAGGACACAUUUGUGGCUCCAUCUAGUGAAGUCGAAUGGAAGACCAUAACAAAAUCUGACUCCUUGAGGACUGAGCAGUCAGUGAUUAUAUCAAAAGUCAGCAGAAGACAAGUUUGUAUGGACCAUCCACCCCACGAGAUGCACAAAACUAAUGGACAUUCUGCGUCCUCGCCAAAACCAUCCCCCUCUCCACUCCUGGGCAGGUCCCUCUACUACCAACCACGCAGCUGCCUUUCAUCUCCUGAGGCAAGUUUGGGAAAAUCCACUUACACUAGCCUGUAUGAGAAAACCUUUCCCAUCCGAGUGGUUCAGAGUCCAUCACAUGGCAGCUUGAAUCGUCACUUCCGGGCCAGAGUACGCUGUACGGCACAGGAGUCAGUGCGAGAGGAGGAAAAGGAAGUUUACAGGCAGCUCCUAGCCGUGGUAUCUGGCGGCCAGUCAACUUUCAUUCAUGACGGAGGCUCUCAUUCCAGCAUUCGCUCACAUCGAGAUUUCUCUAGUUUCCUGUCGUCCAACCGACGACGACUUCAAUGUGCCUCUCCAGCAGGCUCUGGUGCUGGUGUGUCCUCCUAUGAUUUAUCCAGUCUACCCCCCAGUCCCCAACCUGAGUCCAGCCAGAAUUCCAGUACCCUGCCCAGUCCUGGUGCAGGCUCUAGCAUUCCAGAACCCCUGCUUUGGGGCCAUGACUUUGAGCCCAGCACUAAAGGACCAGUAACCUCACCAGCUGCCCUUCAGGAUACCUCCUCUCAGGACACCCAGUCAUCAGCUCAUGAUGGGGAUUCAGUGAUUUUUGUGAAGGAGCAGCAGGGCAGGAAGUCUGAGAGCUCAAGUAUGCCAUGCUUCCAAGCCGAACUUUGGAUCAAAGAACUAACUAGCCUUUAUGACUCUCGCGCUCGGGAGAGACGGAGGUUGAUUGAAGAACAGGAGGCUCUGGCUUCUCAGCUUCUGCGGCAGCGCCUCUCUGGAGAGGGUCGAGCUUCCACCACAAGCAUUGAGUUUAAGGUUCGAGUGCCUCUAGAGAAGGAGGUUCCUGUUGCAUCUGUUAUCAAAAAGCCUCAGCCGAUCAAAGAGGAGCCAGAAUUCCCAGAGCUAACAGAGGACAUGGGGAGGGAAGUGAGCAGAGCUUUGAGAGGGGGCAGUCAGGAUGAGGUGCUCAGUGAGGGCUUCCGCCUCACCAUCACCAGGAAGGACCUGCAAACUCUCAACCACCUCAACUGGCUCAACGAUGAGGUUAUCAAUUUCUACAUGAAUAUGCUGGUGGAGCGCAGUAAGCAGCCUUAUCUGCCUUCCGUUUACACCUUCAACACCUUCUUCUUUCCCAAGCUACGCAGCUCUGGUUACUCCGCUGUCCGCCGCUGGACCAAGAAGGUGGACAUCUUCUCUGUAGACAUCAUUCUGGUGCCUGUCCACCUGGGGGUGCACUGGUGCUUGUCUGUGGUGGAUUUACGGAAGAAGAGCAUAACUUACUUUGAUUCAAUGGGAGGUAGCAAUGAUGAGGCCUGCAGAAUUUUACUGAAAUAUCUGAAACAAGAAAGUGACGACAAGAGGGGUCAGGACUUGGAUACCUCAGAAUGGACCCUUAAAAGUAAAAAACGCAAUGAGAUCCCUCAGCAGAUGAAUGGAAGUGACUGUGGAAUGUUCACAUGCAAAUAUGCUGAAUACAUUACCAAAGACCGGCAAAUCACAUUCACACAGAAACACAUGCCCUAUUUCAGAAGACGAAUGGUUUGGGAGAUCCUGCACCAGAAACUGUUGUGACGGGACACUUUCUUUUGUACAGGACAUUGUUCUUUUGUAUGGAUAAGAGGGCUCUUUUGCACUUCAGGAAUUGCAGGACAGUUAUCCAGAGACAAAAAUGGGAUGUUCUCAACCUUAGCUGGUGGAUCGGUUUUUAUAUGCUUAGCUCACCAGUUGAUUUAAUGCUGUCAAAUGGAAAGUUGGGAGACCUUGGUGCACCUACAGGACUCUGUCUCAGUCAAUAAGGGACAGGGCAGUGGUUUGAUGCCCCAUUAUAGCUCCCUAAAUCUUGAUGUAUUUUUUGCUUGGCAAACAAAUUUGCUUUGACUAUGAAAGUUUAUUUUUACAUAUUUCACACUUUUCUUGUGCUUCCAUUCAUCUGCAUUAACUGUCAGCAUACGUCCUGUCUUCAUUUCCCUUUGCAUCAGCCAUUUCUGUUAUUUGAUCAGGAAAUUGCUUGAUCCCCAGUCAUCUGAAGUCAUAAAUGUUAUGGUAAAAAGAGAGAUUGUGUUCGUGCAGACAAGUGCUUUUCUGUGUUCUGAUUGAAAAGCAUCGCUGCUACCUCAGAAAAUAGGACCAUAAUAUUUCACACUUAAUAAUAGCAAAACAGCUGAAAUUGACAAUCACAGACUCACUUGCUUUUGUAAUGGAAAACAGCAGUUUACAUAAUAUUUGUAAUGUUUGAUACCUGUAUGUUUUAUACAGAGACUGUCAAUAAGGCAAUUACGUUUUUCUUUUGAAGAAAUACCUGAGACUCAACUAGAGAUUGACAUGUCAUGAUUUCCCUUUUUCUGAAGGUGUUCAAACUCUCUUGAGCUGCAAUGCUUUUGAUUUCAAUAUAGUUUGGGAUAUAUGCGAGAUCUUCUGCCAGCUCCAUAUAUUUGUUUUUACCAGUAUUUUAUGACUCUUUUAUUUCAUAAGAGUCUUCUGACAUUUUUGGCCAUCUCAGAGACAUACAAUACCUUUUUUGAUUUACAUAAUCCUCACAACUCAGCAGUGUCAUAUCUUGUUCUUUAUUCUGUUCUUUUUUUUUUGUGUAAGAAAAGUUAACUAUUUUUGACUACCUGCAAUUUGUUUUUAGAUUUUUCUUCAGGAUAUUGACAUUUGUAUAUACAGUGACUAUACAGCAAAAUUGAACAUAUUUAAUACUCCUUUUGUAACUUUUAUUAUCUGUUUUUGUAUGUGGACUGGAUCUUACCAGAAAUAAACCCCUGAGGUUAU